GCGAUCGUGAUCUCGAUCUCGAAUCGCGGCAGACAUUUCUGCAAGAAUUAUUCGAAAUUGCAUAUGAUGCUUCGUGAUGUGACGUGAAAAGACACGUUGCACGUUACACGUUUAAUUAAUAAUAUCAAAAUUUACCUUAUCCUUGUCCACGGAAGAAAUGUUGCGAUCACAAGUCGUGUCUCUCUUGCGACAUGACAGCCCGGCUUUUAUAUCUGCGCUUUAUAAUAAUCUCCACACAUCGCAAAUUUCCGCAGGAAAACGUAAAACGAAACAAGAUAAAAGCUGUGAAGCCAUACCUGUAGCCGUGAUAUUAUGUGGAUGUGGCCGACUUGACGGCACCGAAAUUUCGGAAGCUAUUUCAGCAGCCAUACACUUACGGCAUAAAAAGAUGAAGCCACUAUUUUAUGCUCCGGAUAUUGAAAUUCGCGGUGUAGUCAAUCAUCUUACCAGAGAGAUGGAUACCACAAGUUCCAGAAAUGCUCUCGUUGAAGCUGCCAGAUUAGCAAGAACCUGUAUAAAACCUCUGUGCGAGUGCGAAGCUUGUAUGCAUGGCGCUCUUAUUAUACCUGGAGGAUUUGGCGCUGCACGCACUUUGAGUAAUUUUGCCGAAAAAGGUACCGAUUGCACCGUUCUACCCGACCUACAACAGCUCAUUGAGGAUUUUUAUUGCGAGAAAAAACCAAUCGCCACUAUGUGUAUAGCUAGUGCGGUUGUUGCCAAAGUGUUGAAGGGUGUGAAAGUUACACUUGGCAAGGACUCACCGAAAAAAGACUGGCCAUACGCUGAUGCUAUCAAGAAAGUCAAGGCCAUGGGCGCUAAGAUAGAAAUGAAAGAUGUUAAAGGAGUAACGAUAGACAAAAACUUCGGCGUUCUCAGUACACCAGCUUGGUUGUACGAACCAGCUACUUAUUCAGAAGUUUACGAUGGUAUUGGUAAACUCGUCACAAUGUUAAAAAAAUGCAUGGAAAAGUAAUUUGUAUGCAAACGUCUUUGAAAAUCAUACAUAUUGUGUAAUAUGUUA